CCUCUCCCAUAAUGUCCGCACAACAGCGAGCGUAGAGUGGAUUUGAACUUGCAGCCAGCACUGAGAGGUGGAAGGAGCGAGACCAGCACACUCCGCGGUUCAUUUGGCAUCCAAAUUAGUUUGGAAAAGUCCUCAAACGAGCCACCUGGGUUCUUGGACCUACUUUUUAGGACUCACAAGAGACUUUGAGGAUGAUUCUUCAGCUCCUCCUGCACCUGUUCUGCCUGGUGUGUCUGUGUUCUGGUCGGCCCCAGCCAGCAUCAUCACAGACACUGAAGAUGGAGAGGAUGUCUUUAGCAGCCGGCUCCCUGGCGAGCAGAGUUGUCCUACCGUGUCACUUUCCCCUCCUCCCCGCUGGGGCUCCCCUCUCCUCCAGUCCUGACCACCAAUUGAGGAUCAAGUGGACGAAGCUGGAGGGAGACAGCGAGAAGGUGGUCCUGGUGACCCAGGGGGCAGUGGUCAAGGUUGGGCUGGAGUACAGAAACAGGGUGUCGGUGCCCACUUACCCGCUGUCCGGCUGGGACGCCUCUCUGCUGAUGGAGCAGCUCCGGGCCAGUGAUGCUGGGCUGUACCGCUGUGAGGUCAUGCACGGGAUGGAGAAUACGCAGGACAUCGUGAGGCUCAACGUCACCGGUGUGGUGUUCCACUACCGAGCCAGCUCCAGCCGCUACACCCUGGACUUCCUCAGCGCUGUGCAGGCGUGUUUCGCUGCAGGUGCCUCCAUCGCGACGCCCGAGCAGCUCAACGCCGCCUUUGAGGACGGCUUCGACCAGUGUGACGCAGGCUGGCUCGCCGACCAGUCAGUCAGGUACCCGAUCACAGCACCUCGCCCCGGAUGCUCAGGCGAUCUGCUGAGCAGGCCAGGAGUGAGAUCGUACGGCGUUCGCGACCCCAAGGAGAUGUAUGACGUGUACUGCUACGUAGAUAAACUAUAUGGCGAGGUCUUCUACCCUCCUACUCUUGUGGACAAAGUCACCCUUCAGGAGGCCAGAGACGAGUGCGAGAAGCACGACGCCGUGCUGGCGUCUCCCGGUCAGCUGUUCGCAGCCUGGAGGGCGGGGUUCAACCGCUGCGACUACGGCUGGCUGUCCGACGGCAGCGUCCGCUACCCCAUCACCGUCCCCCGGCCUCAGUGCGGAGGAGGCCAGCUGGGGGUCCGCACGCUCUACAAGUACAAGGACCAAACGGGCUACCCAGACCCCACGGACAGACACGGAGCUUUCUGCUUCAAAGCCAACCUCCCAGAACUGACCGCUCCGCCGAUGGCCCCGACUCCCGCUCCAUCCCCAGACUCACCAGUCGACUACGAUUCAAACAUUGGCGUGGUGGAGUCUGUACCAGACAUCAAAGCUUUGCCAGAGCUUCUGGCCUCAGCGACUCCCCCUCCCACACCGGCUCCACUCAUACAUGUAGAUAUAGCUGAAGUCCAAGCCAGGGGGCCCGAGCCUGCCACAGCCACAGACUCGUCAGUCGACUAUGAAGCCAAAGACAGUGGCAGGGUAGAGUCUGUACCAGUCAGGGAGGGUGCUAUAGUGACUGACUCCCCUUACGCCACAGCCUCAGUGAUCACCACCGCCCUCAUUUCUGACCACGACUCCCAAAACACUGGCAUGGUAGAGUCUGUUCCAGGUAUUGUCCCAGAGAUCAUGGCCUCAGUGACCCAGGCUCCCGGUCUACCCACGUAUGACGCUACAGAUUUACCCCACAUGGUGCUGCCUCCCUUGCCCACCAGUCGAACCAAGACCCCGCACCUUGACAUCUCUUCUGAAGGCCAGACGGGGUCGGACCGAGGGCAGCACAGCGGCAGCGGGGACGAGGGCCCCAGCCGACCCCUGACCCCAGCAGAGGCGCCCGAAACCACAUCCUCUACAGCACUGAACACCACGGACCGUGUGGUACCGGAGACCAUGGGCACAGACCUGGGUUUUACAGCCGGGGCCGAACAGGUGGGGCGAGAUCCUGCAGUGGUUUACAAAACGCCGGGUACCACACAAGAAGCGCUGGCGCUAAGGCCCAACGAGUCUCUAGCCUCCCCAAGGGAUGAAAAGAAAACAGUUCACUUCAUCGUGGUCAGUGUGAUGAACCAGAAUCAGUCAGUUGACCACAUCGUGGACAUCCUGAAACAGCCGGGCACCAAUGUCUCUCAGCCCGGUUUCCCUCAGCUCAUAGACCUUUCACGUUUACCCUCUGAAGUGAUGCAGAGCAUAGGGGACAUCGACGCUGACAGGCCUUCGCUAACGGAUCAGCUUCCAACCAUCAGCUUUGUCAACGGGAACCACGAACAGAAGCAUGAGCCUGAGCUGCCACUGGAAGCUCGUGGAGAUACAUUUGAGACGGCCGCUCCUGUUCAGGUACACGUGAUGGAAAACGAGACAGAGAUAAAGGAUGGAAAGGAGGAGAAGGAUUGGGAACCGGACAACGAGACUUAUUUUGACCCCUUGGCCACAGAGGAAGUCACCGAUCUGAAAGACACGUCCCCAGAUAUAGUUUUCACUAUAUCUGAGUUUGAUGAUCUGUCCACUCAGACACCAAGUGAUCAAACAGCAGCAAUGGGAGCGUUCACCACCGUGAGCCCACAUGUUCCGUUCCUUUCACCUACCACGCCGUCAGCGCCUGGCGUCUCCCAGCCCGGCACUGGCUUCAUCUCCGCCUAUGAAGGCUAUGAGGGCUCUGGAACUGCCACCACUGAGGAGCCUUCACAGGAGAGCGCUGCGGCCCACGUGACGCCCACUCAAGCUACCGGCAGCCUGUCCGGCGUCAUGACCGACGAGGCCGAGGUUGGAGGGACCGAGCCGACGACCUUUAUCCCCCAACCGCAGUCGCAGGAAACCACCGCCCAGGCCCAGAUGGAGGACGGAUCUGCCUCUGGCGUAGAAGAAACGUCAGGACAGGACUUUGACUCAACUGAGACGCCCGAGGUUUCCAUCACCCUCCUGUCUACUCACUCUACUCUUCACACCCAGCAACCUCAACCUGCAGCAGGCACUGACGUCACAGAGGUCCCACUAGGUUUACCAGAGGUAGACACCUUCACAGAACCAGGGUCAGGUGCACAGGAGUCAUCUGUAGAGAAGGAGCAACAUCUGGUUACCCUCACUGGACAGGCUGUUGUUACAGUUCUACCAGCGGUGGACACCUUCACAGAACCCGGGUCAGGUGCACAGGAGUCAUCUGUAGAGAAAGAGCGACACCUGGAUGACCUUACUAGAAAGGCAGCUGUUACAGCUGUACCAGCGGUGGACACCUUUACAGAACCCGGGUCAGGUGCACAGGAGCUGCCCAGAGAGAAGGAGCAACAUCUGGUUAACCUCACUGGACAGGCUGCUGAUACAGUUCUACCGGCUGGGGAGACCUUCGCAGAACCCGGGUCAGGUGCACAGGAGUCCCCUGUAGAGAGGGAGCAACAUCUGGAUGACCUUACUAGAAAGGCAGCUGUUACACUUCUACCUGUUGUGGCUGGUGCUGGACGGCAAACUACACCCAUUCAAAGCCUAACCUUUCAACCUAGUGCAGCGCCAGCUUCCACUGAGCCCUCGUUCGCUACCAAAGAUGAUGGGAGACAUCCCACUGUUACCAGCACUGAGCCUGCGCCCGCCCUCACCAAACAGACCACUGAGUCACACAGAGACCAUCCUGCCGCAGAUUCCUUGGGGCACGCGGGGCAGCCGACGAAUUCCACCGCUCUGCCCUCGCACGCCCACGACCAAAGCACUUUCUCCAUCCCCAAGUGGGCUCUGACCUCGGAUCCAGCAGCCGCUACGCUUCCCGACGAUAGAUUUGGGGACUAUGGCAGAGGAAUCGGGCUUUCUGUGGUGGAGGCGCUUCCACAGGAACGCAAAGAGGCCGUGACUACAGAGCAACCAGAGCCCGGUACUGAGUCCAGUUCUACUGUAGCGGCCAGCCCCGUGGAUGUCAGAGAUCUGCUGCCUUGCUCAGAGAACCCGUGUCACAACGGGGGCUCGUGCUUCAAGAAGGGAGAGCAGAAUACCUGCGUCUGUGCACCUGGAUUCACCGGGCCGCAGUGUGAAACAGAUGUUGACGAGUGCCAGUCUAACCCGUGUCUGAAUGGAGCCACCUGUAUGGAUGGGAUUAACUCCUUCACCUGUCUCUGUCUGCCCAGCUACGCAGGAGAGCUCUGCGAGCAAGACACCGAGGUUUGUGGGUUCGGUUGGCAGAAGUUUCAGUCUCACUGCUACAAGUACUUCACCCAUCGCCGCACCUGGGACGCUGCAGAGAGGGAGUGUCGCCUGCACGGCGCGCACCUGACCAGCGUCCUGUCGCAGGAGGAGCAGCACUUCGUCAACCGUCUGGGCAGCGAUUACCAGUGGAUCGGCCUCAACGACAAGAUGUUUGAGAGGGACUUCAGAUGGACCGAUGGCAAAACCAUGCAAUACGACUUCUGGAGGCCCAACCAGCCCGACAGCUUCUUCCAGUCAGGAGAGGACUGCGUGGUGAUGAUCUGGCACGAGGGAGGACAGUGGAACGACGUGCCCUGCAACUACCACCUGACCUUCACCUGCAAAAAGGGAGCAGUGUCGUGUGGGCAGCCUCCCGUGGUGAAGAGCGCUCGAGUGUUCGGGGCCACUAAGCCUCAAUACGAGAUCGGCUCCCUGGUCCGCUACCACUGCAAAGAGGGCUUCAUCCAGAGACACCCCCCCACCGUGCGCUGCCGGGCCGACGGCCGGUGGGAAACGCCCAAGGUCACCUGCACGAGCCCUGCAACCUACCACAAGUCUGCGACCCUGCGUCUCCGCGGCAACCACAGCGACGAGCAGCAGCACCACGGCAACCACAUCCACCCGCACCUCGUCGGCGACGCGCUGCAGAACCUGCUGAGGGAGAAGAGGCAGCAGCAGCGGCAUCAGACGAGGCAGUGAUGGCGGCAGGUCGUCUGCGUGGACGCAGAGGCGCCGACGGACACGUUGAACACUCCACCACAUGAACUGUAACACUCGUGAGAAUGCAGUCGAUUUGUAAAGCAUCCCCCCACAGCAGCAGAGCUCCCAACGGGACCCGGCUGCGCUCCGUCCGACGGCCACUGCCUCCGCCAGAUCUCAUCCUAAAGGUGCCCCGCUGAGUUUUAGAAGCGCCGCCACGCUCACACCUUUAACUUUAUACAGCCAUGUACUGGCAGAACGCUCUCUAGGGACCACUAUAACCAGCGCGGCGGUGGACGGGCCGCAGAACAGCCGCGCCACAGAAACCGGAAGGUCAGGUUGCGCUGUGAGUAACGUAGUCUGUUUCUCUGGCGUCCUCCUCGCCUUCGAUCCAUCACAUCAGCCACGUGCAGAUGUUGAGCUCGAAGGUCAAAAACUCCGCAGGGCACCUUUAAUUUAGUGAGAACACGGCACAUACUGUACAAACGAGGCGUCGCCCGCUGUUUGUUUUUUUAUUAUUUGAGCCGGCUCAGUAGAACUUUAGAGGCUUUUACGGUUUUGUCCCACAACAUUUCCAAGUGGUUUAGUUUCCGGUUGAGCUGCUCGUCGUGAAGGUUGGUUUCAAACAUAUAAGCAGUUUUAUGUAAUGAGCAGCACCAAGAAAUAAAAAGACAAGUGGCCGUUAUGAAUGUGCUGUUAGCUGUUAUGAUAGAAUAAAUAAUAUAGAUACUAUAUGAAGCCAUAUGAAUCUAACUUAUUGUAUACGUUAAAACUAUAAAUGAACUGUGAUAUUAAAUAAAGCGAUUCCAUCAAAAGCUGUUCUCUCAUGUUGAAACGCUACAACGUUGUUGUUGGACCUGCCUCCGUGUGCGUCUCCUGCCACGUCACGCGUUCUGUCGCUCCACAGCCACACAUUCAGCACCAAAAUGCUUCUUCUACGUUAUGAAGGUGAGUUUUUACUUUUUUUUUGCAGAUCUGGAAUCUGAUUCUUACACCAGCGAAUGUGAAACAAUAGCUUCUGUGUCGUUUGAACCCUCUGUAUAUGCAUUUUGAAAAUGUUUUCUCCUGGUUCUGUGCUUGUUGAGUUGUUGAUCUGUUUUUUGGAGACAUUCUUUCCUUCACCAUUCACGUUCCUGUAGAAAUAUCCGUCAUCACUGCUGCUGUUUGUGCAGUAAUACAAAGUACUUUAACACAACCUCUUUUAUGUUUUAUUUUCUAUGACAUCAUAGUAUUUCCCCAAACUGCAAAUAAACUGGUUGAGUUACUUUA